CUGAGAGCGCGUCGCUUUGCCGCCGUUGCGCUCAGCUCUGCCGGCGUCGCUGUCUGCUCUGCCGACGUCGCAGUCGGCUUCAUGGUGAUUGGGCGCUUAUACUCAAUUGUGUAACUGCAGGGUAGGGUCUCGGUCUAUCAUGGCAGGGAGCUUUUGCCAGCUUACCCUGCGAUCAGCUGGAUCUGCUGAUCAGGCCAGUUGAGCGUAAUGCAGCACAAAGCGUGCGAAGCUGGAGAGGAGGUGCAACAACAAUAUUUACCCGCCAUCUAGAAUCACUCAAGAGAGUGUUUAUUGGUGCCGCUUGGUUCCCGAGGAAUCUCGAUGUCAGCCUAGAUGCCUUCUGGAGUUCCCGGUGGGUUUACCUUCAUGUGCGGAGACAGGUGUGCCCCUGGGCCGCCCGCUGAAAGCCGCACCGCUGCAGGUGGACGCUGCUGACCGACUUUUUCAGCGGAGCGCUUCACUCCCGCACCUUCACUCACUGCACCCACUUCUUCAAAAACCGGUUGCAAAGCAGGUACUAGACAUUGUUUGUCGACAGGUACACGUGUACGUUUUAGGAGUAAGGAGUCUUCAGUUAGUGCAUAUCAAUCUGUUGAGGAGAGCAAUCCUUUUUGGAGUUUAACAUUUUUCAUUUUAUUUCAAAAGUGUGUACAAAUCGAGUUUAACGUAUCUAUGAUAUAGUUUCGCCAAGAAGAUGGAGUGUAAAACGUCCCCUGAACAUGACAAAAAAUAUCAACAUCCUCUGGAAACUUUUCAAAGCAACAAGACAUCAACUUCAGAUAUAGAACGACCGAAGGUUGAGGCAAUCGAUGGACCUGAAGAUUUUGAUAAUAUUUCUUUCUGCGCAGUUUGUGUAGAAGUAUACUUAUCGACAAACUCAAUGCACCAUAUACUUAGUGAUAAUCACAAAAUUGCUGCAGCUGAUCAAUUAGAGCGAAACAAAAAUGUUUCUUUAAUAUCGGAAGAAUCAAACUUUCCAGUAAGGACAUAUCGCGUAGACUCCACUAAAACUGAAUUCGACAUAACGGAUUUUUACCGGCAGGGUAAAAAUAAUAUUAUUAAUAUAUUGCUUUACUGCAUAAGUGACUACAAAGAUUCGAUAAAAUUCAACCUUAAAGUUUCUGUAUUGUAUGCAAAGUUAACCGAAAAUGAAAAUAUAUGCAAAGUAAUUGAGGAUUUUGUGGCACCAUACAUGACAACGUAUAACAUAGAAUCUAUAGAAGAUCAACUAAGAAAUGCGCUUGAAACAAUAAUUGGAUUAUCCAGAGAGUUUCAGGACUUGGAACCGGAUUGGGCGUUGGAAAAUGUUCAAUAUUUUGAGAUCACGGUAAUAAAAUGCGAUCUUAUUAUUUCAACAGCUGGAUAUGUAUCUGUUCCGCGGAAUAUAGACAACACAUAUGCAGUGAUAAAUGUAAAAAACUUCGAUGCGUACUGUUUUAAAUGGUGUAUUUUAGCGUAUAUUGCUUGUCGAAAAGUUAUUAACUCAACUUUUGAAAAUAUUUUGGAAAAACAAACUGCUUUACGAAAAUUAGAAUUAAAAGAUCAUUAUCGGAUUUUAAGCAUUGCUCGAGACAUUAUUGAGUAUGAUGAGUUUACACUCAAUUUUUCGGGAAUAGAUUUUCCAAUAACCAGAGAAGGAAUUAAGCUUUUCGAGAAAAAUAAUAUUGAUUUUAGCAUAAAUGUAUUUGAAGUAGAUGAUGGUGAUAGGAGUAUCGUGGGACCGACUAUUAAGUCGCAAUGGGUUCGAAACCAUAACAUUAACUUAUUGUCAUUAAACGAUGAAGAAGAACACUCAGUGCAUUACGCAUAUAUUACGAGCAUAAGGAAACUUAGCUCUUUGCAAGUUAAGGACUCCAACGUUUAUGAGAAACCCAAUGCUCAUGAUACCGAGAGGAGUGGAACGGAACUUCCUAACUAUCCUGGAAAACAUACUAAAAUGGUGUUCACAUCCUUUUCGAAAAAACUUUCUCCCCCCGUAGUCAUUUUUGCAAGCAUAACGACACUAAUGAAUUCACAACAUAAAGAACCGAGGGCGUGUGCAGUUUCUUUUUAUAUUGCUCAUCAAUAUAAUCCGCAACAUAACGAAAUGUGGACCUAUGAAGGUGCCGACUGCAUAAAAAAGUUUUGGAUACAGCUAAAGGCCAAAACUAUUGCUAUUUUUUAUAAAGUUUGGCGAAACUCUAAAAACUCCAUACACGAUUUGAAUAUAUGUGAAGAGGAUAAUCAAAUUAAUGGAAAGUGUUGUGCUUGCGAUGAUUACAUUUUCAAUGACGAUCGAGAAAAAUACUUUAAUCAAUUUACUGGAAAGUAUGUUGGCCCAAUUCAUAAAGCUUGUAUGUUAACAUACGUGUUAACUGAUCCAUUUUUUCCUGUUAUUUUCGAGUCCUUAUCGAGAUCUGAUAUAUAUUUACUAGUAACUGAAUUAGGCAAGGAAUUAAAACCAACUCCUUCAAAUAAGGACAUGUAUUCAGGUCUUACUUAUGUUAUAAGAACUAAUUUUAAAUUAAAAUACGAACUAAAAUUUAUGAACUCAAAUAGGUUUUUGAACAUAAGUUUUAAGAAACUUGCCACAUUUAUGGAUAAGGCACAAUUUAAAAACUUUAAUUUAAAAUUUCAAGGGCACAAAUUUGAACAUGUGCCAACAAAGCUAACAUUUCCACAUUAUUAUUUAGAUAGCAUUUCUAAGUUAAAUGAAACUUGUUUGCCUCACCUACAUAAAUUCACAAACCCGUUAAAUCAAAAGACUCUCAGUGUUGAAGAUUAUAAUUAUGCACAAGAAGUUUGGAACAAGUUUGAAUGCAGGAGUAUAAGCGAAUUUUUGGAACUAUAUAUGAAGAGUAAGAUCCUAAUUUUGGCUGACGUUUUUGAACACUUCCGAAGUGUUUGCCUAAAAAUAUAUAAGUUGGACCCAAUUAAUUAUAUUGAUGCGUCUACCAUGUCUUGGGAUGCAAUGCUGAAAUUUACCAAAAUUCAACUAGACCUCAUUGGUGACCCCGACAAAAUUAGAUUCUUUCAAAGAGCAACGCGUGGAAGUUUAGUUAAAUUUACCCCAAGUCUAUCAAUAGCUAAUAAUAAAUAUUUGGAAAGUUUUGAUCCGCACAAACCUUUGAAUUUUUUGGCCCACUUGGAGGCAGAAGGUUUGUACGAUUGGGCAAUGUGCCAGCCAUUGCCAUUUUCAAAUUUUUCGUUUCUGAGUAGUAGUCAAAUUGCGAUGCUCGAUGUUCGAAAUAUAACUCCAAACGGAGAUUUGGGGUAUAUGCUUGAAGUAGACCUUAAAUAUCCCGCCUAUCUUCACCGACGGCAUCAAUGUUUGCCAUUCUGUCCUGAGAAAAUAAAUUCAAAAUUAAUAACUGAUGUGACUGACAAGUCAAACUAUGUUAUUCAUCUGAAACACCUUCAACUUUGUUUGGAUCACGGGCUGAUAUUAACAAAAAUACAUCGCGUUCUUGUUUUUAAUCAAUCUUGCUGGUUAAAGCCCUAUGUUGAGUUAAACUUAAACGGCAGGAAAUUAGCUCAAAGUGAGUUUGAAAGCCAUUUCUUCAAAUUAAUGAAUCAAGUGGUCCUUGAAAAACUAAUGACUACUGUAGAAAAUAAAAAUGAUGUUGUCUUUGUCUCACAUUAUCAAUCUAGGCAGAAAUCUGCUGGGUUUAGACAGCGCAUUGCUCGAGACAAUUUCCAUAGUGUUAAGAUCAUUGGUCCAAAUCUAGCAGCAAUUGAGUCUACAAUCGAUAUCUCUUAUGGUAAAUUUAUGUUUAUUGGCGCGUGUGUUUCUGAAUUGUCGAAAUGGUUAAUGUAUGAACACUUCCAUAACUUUCUAUACGUUAAGUGUCCUUCAUUAAAAUUAUUGUAUAUGGACACAAACUUCUUCGUUAUUUCUUCAGAAUAUGAUAUUUACAAACUAAUUAAAGAAAAUCCUAACUACUUUGAUACGGUAAAUUACAAAAGUAGCAAUGUUUGUCAUAUUUUACAACCUAAUAACAUUAAAAUAGGUAUAUUAAAGAAUAAAAAUGGCAGUAGAAUAAUGACUUUAUUUGUCGCGUUGAGAGAAAGAGGUUACACUAUUUUGGUUGAGUAAAUUUAAACUGUAAUGAUAAAUAGUUGUAAAAAUUGUU